AUGAUCUUAUUGAUCAGCUUACCAGGAGUGGGCUUCAGAAUCUGUGGGAAAUUUAAGGAGAUCCCCUCCCCAACUAUAUCUCUAUUUACACUUGCGCAAGAAAUUAAAGUUCGCUUGCAAUAUGGAGAAAAAUAUUCUUUAACACUAAGUCAGAAAGUACUUAAUAGCAAUAAUUAUUUCUUAAAAACUUCAACUCUGCUCGACGAUUAA